CAUGCAGUACAAGAAAACAGAAAAAUAAGAGAGACACAAGAAAAGAUCAAGCGAGCAAAAGAGGCCAAAGAAAAGGCUGAACGAGAAAAGCAUGCUAGACAGGCACGACAGAGAGCACUUGUUGAUAUAACCACAGAUGAAAACCAGGAAGGUGUUAUGGAUAAUUUGCUAGAAGCAUUGAAGACAGGUUCUGCAUUUAAUGUUGGUAGAGAAAAGAGAGAUGGGAAAAGGAGAACACCAAGGGCAGCAGGAGAUAGGUACACAAAUAUGUCACGAUCACGUGUUUGGAAACGAAGUGAAGAUAGUGAGCCUGUAAGCUUCUUUCAUUAUCAACAUCAAGCUGAACGGAGGGCUCAGCUUUCCCGAUCAAGAUCUAGAACAAAUAUCUCAAAUUUAGAGAACACAGUGACUAGAGAAAUAUCAUUUGAUGACACAUUGUCCGACUCUCCAUUACGACCAUCAGGUGAUAAUACUGCACGUAGAAGUAGUCAACAAGAAACAGAUGAAUCUGAGGCAGAAAAACUGCUGGCUCGUCUGCGUGCAUUAUGAAAUCUGCUAUCUUCAUACUGUAAACACUUUUAUAUUCAUUAACAUUAUUGUAUUUGCUAAUGUAUUUAUGUAGCAAGUGUUACAAUUAUCUUGUUAUAAUCAAGCAAUAUUUUUAACAGAUCUAUGUAAUUUUUUUUAAGUAAUGUGCUACAUGUAAUGUAUUAUGUUAUACUCGAAAAAAGAUUUCACAGAUAUUUUUAAAUGGUAGUCUGGAGGGAAAUUACACUGAUUGGAAUAAGUUAUAGGUUUGUUAAGUUUGUACUUUUUACUCACAUUGGUUGUUUGUCUGUCAUUUGUUCCAAAACAUCAAUUAAGUCAGAUUUGAUGAAAGCUGCUUGGGUUGUUCCUGUUAUAAAGUUUAAGCACAGUUGUUUAAAUAGUUCCAGUUCAUUUCAUAUCUUGGUAACAAGGAAUUCCAUUAUGUAAAUGAAAUUUUCAAAAUCUUCCCCUGAAAACUGCAAGGCAUUGAGGUUAGAUAACAAUGUCUCGUAGACCUUUUCCAAGUUGUUUCAAUAAAAGGAAAUGCUCUAAAAUCUCUGUUACAAACCUAAAAACUUAAGUUUAAAAUUUUUAUUUUUAACAUGGCUUAUUGGUGCCAUACCAUACCGUACAUAUGCAGUUGUAAGACGCAGUUUUGGUCAUGAAUAUUUUGCCAAAAAGUUAUAAACUCGUCUUAAAAACGCAGUCUACUGAGUGGUGUCUGAAGAAAUUAUAAACCUGGUGAAUUUUUAGAUCAUAGAUGGUCAUUCCCUGUCACUAGCAAUCACUCACCAUCUACGCUCGGUUAUUCAUAAUUCCAAAUGGAAUGUCUCAAUACCGGUGUAUACGGUGGAAAUAAUUGCAUUAUGUAAUUUUACUGUUACAUACAUGAAAAAAAAUAGUAAAACUAAUAAAAGUUUGCUCUUAUAAAAACUUUGACUAAAAUUUUUCUGACUUAAAAUUUUCAAAAUGACUAUGUCCCUUCUUUAAUAUAAUGUACCUUAGUAACCUGCCCCUACCAACGUCGCCUCAAGCUAUGUCCACUUAUUCCAUUUUGAAACACAAUUAAAUAGAACAAACGUAAACAAUAAUCAUUUGUUAGGGCAUUACCUUUCUUGAAUAACAAAGAUGCUAUUUACAGAUUUUCGGAAAAAUCAACCUCGUAACACCAGCUGGUGGUGUACGGACAUAAUCCCCUUCGGACAAAAUCCCCUUCAUGUAUUUUUGUAUAUGUGGACAUAAUCCCCUCCAUGGGUGGACAUAAUCCCCUUCAUUUGUGAAAUUUUGAAGUGGACAAAAUCCCCUUCAUAAAAUUGCUACCUAGGACAAAAUCCCCCUCGGAGGAAUUUUCGGUUUAUAAAGUGGGUAUGAGAGCGACAUACUGCAUUAUGCUGUGUGGUAAAUAUCCUAAUGUUCAGGUAAACCACAGCUGAUAUUGAUUUUUUUAGAAGAGUAAUUACAGAUAUACAAUGAUAACUUGACACUUUAGUUUUCAUAAAAAAUAUUUAAUGGACAAUGAUUAAGUAUGAAAGAUUCAUAAAUAUAAUUAGAAAAAUCUUAGUAACAAAAAAUUCCAUUAUAAAAAAAUAAAGUAUCAUAGAAAGUAUGCAAGGGUCACAGACUCUGUUACAAAAAAAAUGCAACUUAAAAUUUUUGUCGUGUAGAACCAGUAUAGAUGGAUACCGAAAAUAAGCUAUUUUUGCGAAAAUAAGAUUGCGUCUACGAAAAUAAGAUUUAUUUUUAAAAAAGUGCAUUUAUCUGUUAAAAUAAUACAUUAUCUGUUAAAAAUGUAAAAAAUUUGCUUUGCGAUUUAUACUUCAGUUUCUGUAUCAUUUCUAAACUAAUAGAUAAGUAUGAAUAUCUUUUUAGUCCCCUACCGGUUUAACCGGAGGGGACUUUAGGUUUACCCUCCGUCCGUCUGUCUGUCCAUCUGUCUGUCAGUCCGUCCGUCCACAAAACUGGAUCCCGCGAUAACGCAAAAAGUACUGAAAAUAUUUUUAUGAAACUUAAUAUAUGGAUAGAUGGCAGUAUGGAGAUUAUGCAUGUCUUUUUUUUUCUACCUAUGUUGAAAAUUCUGGUUGCUAUGGCAACAAAUAGUCUGAAAAUAUGGCAAAUUUAACACAUAAACUGGAUCCAGUGAUAACUUAAAAAGUAUUGAAAAUAUUUUUAUGAAACUUAAAAUAUGGGUAGAUGGCAGUCUGGAGAUUAUGCACAUCUUUUUCUUUUCUUCCUAUGUUGAAAAUUCUGGUUGCUAUGGCAACAAAUAGCCUGAAAUUCAAGAUUUCUGAUUUAAAUUUUUCAGCCUUUUCACUAUAAGUUCUUUAUUUCUUAAGGUGUUUACUUCAAACUUUAAAUAUAAGUUUCUGGUCAUCAACCACAUCAUAUGUGAAAAGGUUUACAACUCUAGCACAAAAAUUAUCAGUAUUACCUCCCUUGAACUUAGAAUUUUUAUGAAAAAAAAGUUGUCUUUUUUAAAUAACUUUUUUAUUUCCUAAUGUAUCUACUUUAAACUUCAUAUAUAUGUUUCUUAUUAUCACUUAACAUUUUUGAGAAGGUUAAAUACUCUAGCAAGACUAUUUCCAGAAUUAUGUCCCCUUUGAACUUAGAUUUUUUUCGAGAAAUUGGUAUUUUUCAAUCCACCUUCUUCAUUCCUUAUAGGAUUACUUUAAAAUCCCACAUUGUAAUAAUAUGACAAGGUUGUAUAAACAUAAUUUCCUUACUAGGCAGGGAAACUUAACACAUUACUGUGAUAUAGACAAACUUAGAACUCAAAAGAUAUAAAUAAAUAAAAAAAAUUAAAUUCAUUCAUGUCAUUCAUUCACUGGUAAAAUUGAAGUGCCAAUGGCCCAUCAGAAUGUUGCUGGGGUUCUUACCGGUAGGGGACUUAUGGAUUGCUUGCAAUACUAUGAUAAUUGCUUGUUAUUGUUGUUUUUACAAAACAUUUGUAUGCUUUAAGCAAAUUACUCUCAAUCAAAAAUAUUUUGCCACUCGUUCACACAUUGAUAAGCAAUCUAGCGGUAAAUUGCAUGGACACCUGCUGACAAGAGGGGCAUUUUCGAUAGACACUGCUAAUUGGCAAUACACUACACGUUGUUAGUUGUCAUAAAACUAGACUUUGAUGAUUAAAAGCAGCGGCCAAUUUUUUUUCGCACCUUUCCUUAAUCUAGAUGGGUCAAUAAUCUGUGAAUAAAUUAUAGGAUUAUUAUUUACACUUAAAUUUCAUUGGUUUUUGAUUAAGGAGGGACAUAUUUAAGUCUGUGAAUAUAUAAUAGCGCAAAUUUUCGGCCGAUUUUGCUCAGCCAAAAUACGAAUGCGUCUUAUAUGAGGGUCUUCAUAAAAACCCCCAAAUCAUGAGCCAGAAGUAAGGGGUGCGUCUUAUAAGACGGGGGCGCCUUACAAUUGUGUAUGUACGGUAUUUGUUCAAAUCAUUGUUCUUUGGCACAUAUAAAAAUCAGAGGCCUGAAUUGGCCUUUAGGGUUAAAAUAGUUUGUUCUUUUUUUACACCAUUAAAGCACUUGGCCUAUAUCUUUAUCAUGUCACCAAGGCUUUAAUUAAUAAAAAAACAUUUUAUGCCCUGCUUAAUGGAAGAAGGGUUUGGGGCAUAUAUACAUUUCCCAUUGCCUGUUCUGUCAUGUUGUCCAUCUGUAGACUGACAAAACAGUGUAAUGUUAGAGUUCUACUUGUACUCAUACAGGUCAACCUUUUAGGUGUGUAGAAUUCUUACAUAAUUAUCCUUUUUUCUUUAACUGGCAUUUGAGGUUACAUUUGCCAAGUUAUGGUCACAGUGGCUUAAAAAUUGUCAUGAGAGUCAUGUUUGCACUGGCCUGAACAUCAUCAUAGAUGGUACAAUUAAAUGUCUUCUCUGGGAUGAGCAAUAAAAUGGUCAUAAUGACAUGGAAGGGAAAAAGUAAACCUAAAAUGAAGGAAAACAUUCUUACUGGACUUAUUGUAAUUGUGAAAAGUGGUAAAGCUGGCUUCCAUAUUGUAAAUAAUAUUAACAUAUCUUAAUCAUAAUGUGUUCUUACAAUUAUGCCUAUUAAGGGAAUAUAUAUAAAUUGUACAUGUUUGAGUCAUUUUAUUAUUUUUAGCUCAACUUUUUUUUUUUGAAAAAAAAAAGUAGAGGUAUUGUUAUAGUCUUUCGGCGUUGCCGUCCGCAAACUUGUACCUGGAUCAUAACUUUUUUAUUUCUGGGUGUAUUGUCUUCAUACUUGGCCACAACAACCCUUGGGACAAGACCUUUCAGUAGACCACACUAACCUUGACUUUCAUCCAUAAAUGACCUUGACCUUCAAGGUUAAAAGUCCAAAUUUUGCUUGUUCAUGCUGUUAUUGGCUGUAACUUUGUUAUUUUUGAAUGGAUUGUCUUCAAACUUGAACAUAAUAAUCUUCAAGGAUAUCCCUAAAAAUAACCAGACAGACCUUGACCUUCACUCAUAAAUGACCUUGACUUUGAAGGUCAAAUUAUUGAAAUUUUCAUUUUUUUGGCUAUUAUUGGCUGUAACUGUUAUUUUUGAAUACUUGAACAUAAUAAUCUUCAAGGAUAACCCUUAAAAAUAACCAGACAGACCUUGACCUUCACUUAUUAAUGACCUUGACUUCGAAGUUCAAAUUAUUGAAAUUUUCAUUGUUUUGGCUGUAACUGGCUGUAACUUUGCUAUUAUUGAAGGGAUCAACUUCAUAUUAUAACAGAACAUACUUAAGAACAAGACCUUGUUGUGACUUCACCACUGACUUCACCACCUGACCACCACCUGACUUUACCACGUGACUCCACCACAUGACACCACCACGUGACUCUGACUGCAACACAUGACUGCACCACGUGAUUCCACCACGUGACUUCACCACGUGACACCACCACGUGACUUUACCACAUGACUCCACCACGUGACACCACCACGUAACUUUGCCACGUGACUCUACCACGUGACACCACGACGUGACUUUACCACAUGUUUCUACCACGUGUAUCUAUUUAUAGAAUUUUCUAUUUAUGGAAUUGCGUGUUUCUAUUUAUAGAAUUGCAUGUUUCUAUUUAUAGAAUUUUCUAUUUAUAGAAUUGCGUGUUUCUAUUUAUAUAUAUAAUUUAGUAUAUUUAUAUAGACAAAACUUAUGUGACAAGACAGACCGAUUAAUUUUAUAAAAAGGAAACGUUAAGAUUUUGUUCAAACAUUUCUUUGUUUGCUUUUAGAGAAAGUAAAAAGUCGGCGGUGGCUCUUGUUUUGCAAUUAGCAAUAAUUUGACAUUUAAUUUAAAAGUGACCCAUAUCUGAAAACAAUGCAUAAACUAUUUAGCAUGUAAACAAUAGAGGGUAUCACUACAUGUAUAAAUCACUAGUAUAGAGGAAUGCAAGCUUAUUUUACUUGCUGUCUUACUCCAAAAUUUCAGCAGGACAAGGUUCAAGUUGACAAAUAAAUUAUGAGGGUUCAAAUUCAAUUUAACAUGUUUAAUAAAAAGACAGGAAUGAUAAAUGUUAUAACUUUGCAACAUGCUGUUAUGCCUGUGAGACAGUGUAACUAAAUAAAAAAGUUAACAUGAAACACAUGUACAUAUAUUGUUUAAAUUAUAGAAUUAGAGUUAUUGAAUAUUUUAUAUCAGACAAGCAUAAACUUAGUCUGACAGAAAUUUUGGUAUUUGACAAUUAUUUCAUCUAAUACAAGGUGCUACAGUUUUUAGCUCACCUGACCACAAAGUGGUCAAGGUGAGGUAUAGUGAUGGGGCUAUGUCCAUCGGCUGUUGUUGUGCGUCUUCAACAAUUGGGUUGUUAACACUCUAGCAGUCAAAGUUUGAUUGGACCAUAAUCAAACUUUAUCAGAAUGUUUGUCUCAACAAAAUACAGGUCAAGUUCCAAUAUGGGUCAUCUCCGGUCAAAAACUAGGUCACAGGAGCUAAAAUUAGAAAAAGCUUGUUAACACGCUAGUAGCUGCAGUUUUGAUCCAAAUGUCCUGGAAAUUGAUCAGAAAGGUUGUUUUAAUGAUUUCUAGCUCAAGACAGAGUAUGGGUCAUCUUAGAUGAAAAACUAGGUCACAGGAGCUAAAAAUAGAAAAAAUCUUUUUAACACUCUAGUAGCUGCAGUUUUGAUCCAAAUGUUCAGUUGUUUUGAUGAUUUCUAGGUCAAGUUCGAAUAUGGGUUGUCUCCGGUCAAAAACUAGGUAACAAGAGCUAAAA